GUACGCAAAAAGGAAGGUUCUGUCAUUCUCUCAUCCUCGUCUUCUUCUUUUUUCUUCUUAUUCUUUAGAGAGAAAAAGAUUGAAUCUGCCCGCUACCCCCUUGAAGAAUAAAUUAUCAAUCUUUAUAUAAGGGGUUUGGGUUAGCGGGUGGGUUCAUUACUUAAUUUCUGUUUGUUUUAUAUAUUGAUUGAAUAUUGAAGAAUAACCAAGGAAGAGGCGGAGGAGGAGGAGAAGAAGAAAUCUGGGUUUGGGUUGUAAUUUUUAUUUAUGAUGGGUUUCAAUGGUGAUCCACUAAGUGGUGGUGGCGGUGAUGGUGCUGGUGGGAAUUCAUUAUCAUCUGGAAUUCGAGGUUUGUUAAGGAGAAAACAAGUUGAUUCAAAUCGUGUAACAACAGAGAGUGGGCAUCCCAAAUUGGCUAAGGAAUUGUCUAUUCUUCAGCUCAUGGCAAUUGGUGUUGGAUCGACAAUUGGGGCUGGAGUAUAUGUACUUGUUGGAACAGUUGCUAGAGAACAUUCUGGGCCUGCACUUACUAUUUCCUUCUUAAUAGCUGGUAUUGCAGCUGCUCUAUCGGCCUUUUGUUAUGCGGAACUUGCUAGUCGUUGCCCGUCUGCGGGAAGUGCUUACCAUUAUUCAUAUAUUUGUGUUGGAGAAGGAGUUGCUUGGCUUAUUGGUUGGGCUCUUAUACUUGAAUAUACGAUAGGUGGAUCUGCUGUUGCUCGAGGCAUAUCACCAAAUCUGGCCUUGCUUUUUGGAGGAGCAGACAGUUUACCUUUUUUCUUAUCCCGGAUGCUUAUACCUGGAACUGAUAUUGUGGUUGACCCAUGUGCUGCCAUUCUAGUUCUUGUAGUAACUGGGCUUCUAUGUGUGGGAAUCAAAGAGAGCUCAUUUGUUCAAGCUAUUGUCACAACAGCAAAUUUAUUUGUCAUGGUUUUUAUCAUAAUUGUUGGUGGUUAUUUGGGUUUUAAGACUGGAUGGACUGGCUACGAACUCCCUAGCGGGUUUUUACCCUUUGGAGUGAAUGGGAUGCUUGCUGGUUCUGCAACUGUCUUCUUUGCAUACAUCGGAUUUGAUUCAGUAGCCAGCACAGCUGAGGAGGUGAAGAAUCCUCAGCGUGACCUGCCACUGGGUAUAGGGGCGUCAUUGUCUAUCUGUUGUUCCCUGUACAUGCUGGUGUCAGUUGUCAUUGUUGGCCUGGUGCCUUAUUAUGCAAUGGAUCCUGACACCCCCAUCUCCUCUGCUUUUGCUAGUCAUGGAAUGCAAUGGGCAGUGUAUAUAAUUACAGCUGGAGCAGUUACUGCACUCUGUUCAACUUUGAUGGGUUCAAUUCUUCCUCAGCCACGAAUCCUUAUGGCGAUGUCAAGAGAUGGAUUACUGCCACCUUUCUUUGCAGAUGUAAAUAGACGCACUCAAGUUCCAGUCAAGAGUACAAUAUUGACAGGGGUCUGUGCUGCAAUGUUGGCAUUCUUUAUGGACGUUUCACAGUUGGCAGGGAUGGUUAGUGUGGGUACACUUCUUGCAUUCACCAUUGUUGCAAUUUCUAUACUGAUUCUCAGAUACGUCCCUCCAGAUACGGUGCCACUUUCACAAUCAUUUUUGGGGUCAAUAGGUCCAAUACCAUCAUACAGUAUCAGUCAGGAGAAUGAUGGGGGAAACCAAAUAAAUCAUGUUGCCACGUCCAGUGCUUACAGCAAUAACUCACUUGCCAAAGAAGAAGCUUCUGUAGACUAUCCUCUCAUUGUUAAACAACUAAAUCAAGAAAAAGCAAGUGAGCAAGAAAGACGCAGAAUCGCAGCUUGGAGCAUAACUGCAGUGUGUGUAGGAGUGCUUUCUCUUACCUCCGGAUCGUCAGCUGCAUACCUGCCUAUUGUUGCUCGUUACUCAGUUUGUGGAACUGGUGGCAUACUUCUUUUAUGUGGGCUUAUUGCACUCUCCUGUAUUGACCAAGAUGAUGCAAGACACACCUUUGGACACACAGGAGGUUUUAUUUGCCCUUUCGUCCCGCUUCUUCCUAUUGCCUGCAUUCUCAUAAAUGUCUACCUGAUGAUUAACCUUGGAGCUGGAACAUGGAUUCGUGUUUCUAUGUGGAUGGUAGUUGGGGUAUUUGUUUAUGUAGUCUAUGGGAGAAAGCACAGCUUACUGCUUGAUGCAGUAUACGUAUCCACAGAGCACGCGGAUGAGAUAUACCAGAACUCAGUAGAAUAUGUAGCUUAGAAGAGAGGAUGCAACCCAACUAGGGUAGAGAUGAAAAGUGCCAAAGCUCUACAGAAUAUUUCGCCUGAGAGAGAAAUGGACAGUCCAAGUGCUAUAACUCAAAGACCUGUUCCGACACAUGCACAACCAUCUCCACAGCAUAAACGAAUGGGUUGGAUUUGUAUUCUUAAUAGUUCCUUCUCAUAUAAUGUCUUACUAUAUCAGCAUGGAGCAAAACUGUAUUGUUGUUAGUUCAUAGAAUGUAUUGGUAUGAUAGCAGGGAACAAAGCUGAAAUCAGUUUUCAUCCAUUUGCAUGUACAGUUAUACUGUGUUGGUAUCACACUAUAUUAAUCACAUCAAGGAAACAAAAAACAGUAGUUCUGCUGUUUUCACACCAAAGUUAAACUCAAAAAAUUGUGAGAGAUGAUUGUAAAUAUUUGUAUCAAUUGGAAAUGCCUUCAAGAUAAA